AUGAAUUUAGAUUGGACAAAGGCUUCAAGGGAGAGGUUGGACCAGUUGAAUGAAAUAGAUGAGUUCAGACUCAAAUCUUACGAUAGCUCAACCAUUUACAAAGGGAAAAUGAAGAAAUGGCACGACACACUGAUAGUCCAGAGGGAAUUCAAUGUGGGAGAUUGGGUGUUAUUGUACAACUCACGACUAAGGCUAUUCCCAGGAAAGCUAAAAUCCAAAUGGUCUGGGCCUUUCAGAGUGACACGAGUGUUCACCAAUGGUGCCAUAGAAGUUGAAGUUAAAGAGGGACCCCCAUUUAAAGUUAACAGACAAAGUUUGAAGUUAUACCUUGGGGACUGCCAGGAAAUCGCUUUACUUGAAGAAUUGUAUCUGGAGAAUGCUACUUUAAGCCACGACGUUAAAUAA